AACCAUAAAAUUUUAUGAGGGGAUUAAGAGAAAUGCUAUAACUAAUAUAUACUAAAAAACAUCCAAACAAAGGACUAAUUAUCCGGCCAAGGGUCCGGUCAUAAGCUAAUAAAUAAUAACAUUGUUUGCUCGACAAAAUAAUACCCUAUAUUUUAUUUUGGAUCGAAAGAAGUAUAUCAUUGUGGGUUCCUGAUGAUGUAGUAGAAGAAGCAGCUUGAGCAUUGUCUUGUGGUAUGUCUAUCAUUAUGGCAAGUAGGUCUGAUUCCUUCUUCUGAAGUUGGGUUUCCAUCUUCUGUGGGGGAAUGACUCCAACAGUGAUGUCUUCUUCUGAUGCUUUGUGAAACAACAUAUUUUCAUUGGAGUCGUUUGCCCAAAAUUUGUAGCCAACAAAGCAUAUAUAGAUGCCAAUCGAUGCCCAAUAAGGUGUCCAAUAAAUCAAACUUUGUGUUGUCACCGUCGUAAAGAUAUCUCUCAAACUGACACCACGAAUAUAGCAGGCAACUAAAUAGAAUUUUAUGCAAACAUAGAAUUCUAUUGACAAACAUACCAACAGUUGGAACACCUUGGGAUCUGAAUUAGGCGAAAAAUGCUUAGCCAAAAACGCUGCUUGUAGAGCAAUCAUCUGCAAUAUGAUUUUUCGAGUAGACCCCAGACGAGAUAAUUCUUUUCUAGAGCACCAAGGUAAGAGGGCGAAGGACGCAUGUGCCAUGCCGAAGAUGAAAGGGAUUAUGAAAGAAACACCGUACCCCAACUUUUUGUCAAACUUGGUCAGUUCAAGAAGUGCAUCCACUGUCAUGCUACCUCCGAGUGUACUCAAAAAAAGCCAUGGUAUGAAGAUGCAUGGAUUAUCUUCCCCAUUCGUUUGUUCACUACCUACAAUGAAAUGCAAAUGCAACAUUUUUAGCACUAAAUACUUCAAAGAAUAUAACAAACAAUACAACAGAAGGAAAAAGAAUGCGUAAGUAGGAAAAUUAUCAUAAUUAAUAAUAGAAAAAAGAAGAAUGAUUGUUAUAAACAUACUAUUGGGAUGUUUGUUCUCUUUGCGUGUGCAGAAUAGCAGGGGAAGAGAAAGUGAGAUAAAUUAUUAUAUUGCUAACAUCAAGGAUAUGCACAAAGAACGAUUCCUUUAUUAUUGGGUAUUUCUUAACUAGACUCAGGUCCAUCAUUAAGAUAAAAAUACAAAAGAGAAUAAUAAGAUAAAUAGAUAUGCGAAAAAAGAGUUUGAUCUAAUAGUAAUACCACCGAUUUUGAAACGAAAGGUCACAACUAAAAUUAAAUGAAUAGAAUAGAUAGAGUGGUAAUACCACUCUUCAAAACAUCUAACUAUAAAAAUCAACCUAUAUCACCUUUUUUUAAACAUAUAUAGAAUAAUUCCAUUCAAGUAGAAAUACGCUUUUUUCUUAGUAUAAUCAAUCCAAUAAUCCCUCCCAUUAAUGCACUUGAAGUCUUCAACGCACAGCUAAAAUUAACCUAGAAGCUUUGGAGAUUAAUCUCCACUCCAACAAACAAGAAACUAAAAAACACCCACCAAAUUCCAAUAGUUACUUAAAAGUUAAAACACAUUAUAAGUAUAGAGAUACUAGAAAGAGCAAAUAGUUGGAAGAAAAAUCGAUUAGACAUGGAGCAGGCAGGCCGCAUCUCUCCCAAGAGAAUUAAUCGCAAUCAAAGCUAUAUGUUUUUAAUUAGAGCGAGAUUAUUACCUUGUGUAGCUUUGGGCAAAGUAGAUGCCUCGUUUUGCUGGGUGCUGGAGGAAGGGGAAGCCAUGUUUAACCCAGAAAUUGAAAGAAGGCCCCAACAGAAAAUACAAUCAACUUUUCUUCCUCUCUUUUUUUUUCCAAUCUGCGGAACAGCAAUGCAUCUCCGUUGAUAACCCCUGUAUUAUAUAUAUAUGCAAGAAAGACUGCAAUCUUGUGUCAGAGUAGGAGAGGAGUUGUUAUCCGACUAAGAUUGGGAUUAUUGUUGGAUUAAUUAAUGUCUCAUAAUUACUGUUUCAAUUAUGGACUUUUUACUCAAAUCUUAAUAUCUUAUGUUUAUUUUGGGCCUUCUUAUCUUCUUCUUCUUUUUUAUUUAUCUCACUUGUGCUAUGCCCAUGGGCCUCCAGACCCAACUCUUGUUACCAUGCCAUCACAUUCAUGGCCCAUGGGUACCACAUUAGACAAACUCAAGCCAGCUCCCUCCACGUCAAACGCAGAACAAAUCUCCAAUAAAAUCACGCCACGUUUUUAGCCCAGAUGUCACGGCAUCCGUUCGAUCCUCCACUCUGGCAACCUCAUUCGCGGUUACCAGCAACUCGGGUUUUCUGAAGUCUCCCAUGGGCCCGCCCACACAGCUCAGUUUCUCCACGUCAAGCCGCGGCUCAUCGGCCAUUAGCAUCCUGCCACGUGGGAUCUCUGCACUCCUCGUCCGUCCGAUCUUCCACGCUGUCAUAAUAAUGAUUUUAACCCAAUCCAAGCGGAGGCAAAAAUUAUAUAAAAUCCAAUGACCCUGGAGAUCUGAAAAAUGCUCAAAGAUCUCCAUUGUUUCUCCUUAAAACCACUCUCAUCAGUCUCGACUGAAGAUUUUCAUUUUCUGGUUCGAAGAUUCUAGAGAGGGAAACAAAACAAAACCAGUAGCAUCGGGUAGAUCUCUCACGACGAUGGGGAAGUGGACCGUCCCUUCCGCCUUGAUUCUCCUCUGCCUCCUCUGCUUAAUCUCAGAUCAAGGGCGGAACUUGAGAGCGAAUGCCGAAGGCGAUUCGCAGAGUCCGGCCGAUCCUCCCAAGGUCGAGGAGAAGCUCGGCGCCGUUCCUCAUGGUUCCACCACGGAUUCCGACGUCGUGAAGAGGGAGUCGGAGUCGAUGAAGAAAACGCUGCGCAGUAGUGCGGAGAAGUUCGAGUUCCAGGCUGAGGUUUCUCGGCUUAUGGAUAUUAUCAUCAACUCUCUGUAUAGCAACAAGGACAUCUUCCUCAGGGAGUUGAUCUCCAACGCUUCCGAUGCGUUGGACAAGAUUAGAUUCCUAUCUCUUACGGACAAAGAGGUUUUGGGUGAAGGAGAUACUGCCAAGCUUGAGAUUCAGAUCAAAUUGGACAAGGACAAAAAGAUUCUUGCUAUUCGUGAUAAAGGUAUUGGUAUGACGAAGGAGGAUUUGAUCAAGAACUUGGGAACUAUAGCCAAGUCUGGAACUUCAGCAUUUGUGGAGAAAAUGCAAACUAGCGGGGACUUGAACCUCAUUGGGCAAUUCGGAGUUGGUUUCUACUCUGUGUACCUUGUUGCUGACUAUGUUGAAGUCAUUAGCAAACAUAAUGAUGAUAAACAGUAUGUGUGGGAGUCAAAGGCUGAUGGAGCUUUUGCCAUUUCUGAGGAUACAUGGAACGAACCAUUGGGCCGUGGCACUGAGAUUAGACUGCAUCUCAGGGAGGAAGCAGGGGAAUACUUGGAAGAGAGCAAACUGAAAGAUCUUGUGAAGAGAUACUCCGAGUUUAUCAACUUCCCUAUCAAUCUUUGGGCAACUAAGGAGAUUGAUGUGGAGGUCCCUGCUGACGAGGAUGACUCAACUGAGGAAGAAGACAAACCUGAAGAAGAGGAUACCGAGAAGGGAGAUGAUGAAGAAUCAGAAGACAAGCCUAAGACAAAGACAGUCAAGGAAACCACUCAGGAGUGGGAACUCUUGAAUGAUGUUAAAGCUAUCUGGCUGAGGAGUCCAAAAGAUGUCACUGAUGAAGAGUACACAAAGUUCUAUCACUCUCUCUCCAAGGAUUUCGGUGACGAUAAGCCUAUGUCAUGGAGUCAUUUCACCGCAGAAGGUGACGUUGAAUUCAAAGCCGUCCUCUUUGUUCCCCCCAAGGCUCCUCAUGAUCUCUACGAGAGCUAUUACAACAACAAUAAGUCCAACCUGAAGUUGUAUGUCAGACGUGUGUUCAUCUCGGAUGAAUUCGACGAACUUCUGCCUAAGUACUUGAACUUCCUGAAGGGUCUGGUUGAUUCCGACACUUUGCCCCUCAAUGUUUCACGAGAAAUGCUUCAACAACAUAGCAGCUUGAAAACCAUAAAGAAGAAACUCAUCCGCAAGGCUCUCGAUAUGAUCCGUAAACUAUACGAGGAAGAUCCAGAUGAGUCAACUGACAAGGACAAGAAAGAUAUCGAGGAAUCCGGUGAAAACGAGAAGAAAGGUCAGUACGCAAGGUUCUGGAAUGAAUUUGGCAAAUCUAUCAAGCUCGGCAUUAUCGAGGAUGCUGCCAACAGGAAUCGCUUGGCCAAGCUUCUUCGAGUCGAAACCACGAAGUCUGAUGGGAAGCUCACCUCACUCGACCAGUACAUCUCGAGAAUGAAGUCUGGCCAAAAGGACAUCUUCUACAUAACUGGAUCAGACAAAGAGCAGCUCGCGAAGUCCCCGUUCCUCGAGAGGCUGAUCAAGAAGGGCUACGAGGUGAUAUACUUCACCGACCCUGUCGACGAGUACCUGAUGCAGUACUUGAUGGACUACGAGGACAAGAAGUUCCAGAACGUGUCCAAGGAAGGAGUGAAAAUCGCCGAUUCUGGGGUCAAAGAAUUGAAGGAAGCGUUCAAGGACCUGACCAAGUGGUGGAAAUCUGCCUUGGCGAGCUGGAACGUUGACGACGUGAAGGUCAGCAACCGUCUGGCUGACACUCCUUGUGUUGUGGUGACUAACAAGUACGGGUGGAGUGGGAACAUGGAGAGGAUUAUGCACUCUCAGACGCUGUCGGACGCCAGCAAGCAAGCGUACAUGAGAGGGAAGAGGGUGCUUGAGGUCAACCCUAGACACCCGAUCGUUAAAGAGCUUCGUGAGAGAGUUGCCAAGGACCCUGAGGAUGAGGGUGUGAAGGCGACUGCUCAGCUGAUGUACCAGACAGCACUGAUGGAGAGCGGGUUCAUGCUGAGCGAUCCUAAGGAUUUCGCGUCGAGGAUCUACAGCUCGGUGAAGACGAGCUUGAGCAUUAGUCCAGAUGCUGCGGUGGAAGAGGAGGAAGAGGUGGAGGAAAGUGAGGCGAAGGAGGACGAUGCUGCUGGUGCCGCGAAAGGUGACGAUGUUGAAGUAGAUGCAUCUGAGGUGAAGGAUGAGUUGUAGGCUGGUUUUUGAGCAGUAGUUCUUAAACCCGUUUUAAAUUCCAGUUUUGGAGAUGUGUAAUGCCGUUGUGUAAGUGAAAAGGCUUUGGUCUUUCCUCGUUAGUUUUGAGGCUUAGGAAAGGAGCAAGAAUGGACUGCAAGUUUUUAUGGUAGAACGUUGUUUGGACAUUUUUAGGUCACAAUGUAUCACGUUGCGGGAUUAAACAUCAUCGAGUUUCAUUCAAUGGAUCUAUGGUUGGUGUUUUAGUCGUAAGAAACCUUAAUGCGUCUUCUCACCAGAUGGAGAUGAUUAGGGGCUAGUAUCUAUUUUUUCAACCACUUAUUAUCCCAGUUCAGCAACUCUUCCAAAGUCCUAACAGGGGUUAUUGUUUCGUGGAUUUUGGUAAUUGAUUUGGUACCCAAAGUCAAUUCAUCAUGGAUUCAAGAGAAAUUCAUUAUUUGUUUGCAUAUUUUUUAGGGACCAAAUUUGUGGUACCCAUGUAUUUUACAGAUCAUUCGUGAACUCAAUUAUUGAUGUGGGAUUUGUAACCAUGAUGAAAUUUGACUCAUAUGCCUUCAUGAAAUUUUAGAGGUCGUUUGUUUGUUGAAUUUGAAAAAUGAGAGUUUUAGCAACAAAAAUCUUGGGAUUUAUGAUGAAUUUAUUGGAUAAUGGAUUUGAAGAGUUUAGUGUUUGCAUGAUAGAUUCGAUGAUUGAUUUGUGAUUGAUUUUUUACAUAAAUAACUAACCAUCAAGGAUUUACAAAUCCCAAAUCAAUAUGUGAAAUUUUCAACUGGACCCCACGGAUUUAGCAUCAACAAACAAUGGACUUGUAUAAAAAUCCAUCAAGCUUGGGAUUUGGGUACCAAAGCCAUGAACAAAUCCAACAAGCAAAUAACCCCUAAAUAUUUCAAGAUUACCCUCACCUUUAGCUAUUGUACAUUAUAAUUAAUCAAUUAAUUAACAAAAAAAUAAAAAUAUAUAUUCAAUUAAUGUGCAAACAUGAGUCGGAUUUUUCAUGUUCUUUCUUGGGUUAUAGUUUCCUUUAACCUUUUCAUGGAAUGUGAUUCUUUGUUCUCCCUGUUUUAAUAUAUGUUGCGUUAAAAUUCAACGAAAUUUCCUUGUUUAUUAUUAUUAUUAUCCUUGUGACAACAUUAUACUUUUUAGUAUGCAUUGUCCUUGUUUGUAUACAUAUCAUAAAUAUGACAAAUAAUAAGAAAAGGAUAGUAAGGUUUUGCCUAUAAGUUCUAAAUCUCAAACUCUUAAAUCCAUUAUCAAAACAUCUCAGCAAACAAAGAAUUGUUUCAAAUCUAUAAUGCCUCAAAUCUUUGAUAAAUCCUUAGAUUUUUAAAUCACAAAACCCUCAUUUUUAAAUUAAUAAAGCAAACGACCCAUGAAAGAUGACAACCAAAAACAUAAACAUGUUUAAUUAUUUCUUUAGGCCCCGUUGUGACUAACCAAAUAUAGGAAAAUAAUGGAAGCAUGGUGUGACAUGAUGAGUUAAGAAAUAUUGGAGAAAAAUAUAUGAAAAUAAUAGUGAGAAUAAAAUUUCAGGAAUGAG